AUGUCUCGGAGCACAUAUACCGCCUUCCAAAGGCAUCUCCUCUUCUUCUCCACCCCCACGCAACCUCCGCGACUAACCUUUCUCUCCGGUCUUCGAGCCGGCGUCUCAUUGGGUCUAGACUUCCCCGUCGCAGUGAUACUCAGCCUAUCUCUAAAGCUCAUGUAUGCGCAUUUCCCAUACCUGCUAUCCACAAUCAACAUUGAGAAAAUACCACGCACAUCGCAUCGCACCCAGCUUAGCGAUGCAAAACUUUCGAAACAAGAAUACACUUGUUCGGAACUACUUGCUCUCCUUGGACCGGGGACGGGUAACGGAUUCAUCAAGCACAAAAUCGAUCAGGGACAUGUCGUUGGCUUCUGGACCAUGGCAGCGAAUGCGCGCACGCACAAGGUCAGCAGGGAGGAUGUUGAGCGUUUUCAGCAGGGCGAGUGGGAGGAUGCGGUUGUAAAGCGGCGGCGGGGUCGAGAUGAUGUGCUGCCUUUGUGGAGAGGAGGGCCGAUUUGGGCGGGAGGACAUAGUUGGGCUGUGAGGAAGUUGUUGGGGGUGAGAGUGUAUGAAGACAAGAGGUGA